AUGCUAAAGUGGGCACAUCUUCUUAUCAUACAGCAAAAGCUGAAGGAAGAGCGUGAGGCCAAGAGAGCACAGCUGGACAGCAGACAUGACUAUGUUCUCAGCAUUGUGUCCUCUUGUGUGGGCCUGGAGAAAGCUGAAGUGGAAGAUGCGAUACUGGAGGGCACACAGAUUGAGCGGAUAGAGCAGUUCUUUGCUGCCAAUGGCCUUCCUCACCUCAUUUUAUACUACCAGGACACAGAGCCUGUGGACACAGAUCAAUUUGUCUUUGUCUUUGGUAGCUGUAUCCUCCUCAGUGAUAAGAAAGCCAAGGUCUUUGUGACAGAAGGCACAGAUGUGGCCCUCAAUGGCAUUUGUGUAUUUUUCACCCGGGCAAACACCUCCAAGCCUAUCACAUCAGAGAAUAUCCACAGGGAUGUGAACUUUAACAUGUUGGACACCACGGGUGUUGGUCUGCUGAAGAGCGUGGAGCAGCUGCUGUCAGAGAUCUUCAUCCCCACUCUGAGGAAGAUGAACCACGGCUGGGGAGAGCUAGCAAGCCCGCAGGCUCAGGCUGUCAAGCAAGACUUUAUUAGCUCUCUGGACAGCUUUGUCUCUGUGUUAGCUGGGGCACAGGAGAGCCUGCAGGAAAAGGUAAACCUCAAAGAAUGUGAAACAUUUGACUUGAAGACAUUGAAAGGUCCUUCAGAUUACACUGCUGUGGCCAAUAGCACAGAAGCUCUGGAGAAGAUUGAAGCCUGCAUGAAAACUUGGCUCAAACAGAUCGAACAGGUCCUUGCAGAGAGUGACCAGCUAAGGAAAGAGGCAGAUGACCUGGGCCCCCGUGCAGAGCUUGAUCACUGGAAGAAACGCAUGUCCUGUUUUAACUACCUGCUGGACCAGUUGAAGAGCCCUGAGGUCAAAGCUGUGCUGGGGGUUCUAAUUAUAGCCAAGUCCAAACUGAUUAAGGUUUGGCGAGAACUAGACAUCAGAAUCACUGAUGCAGCAAAUGAGGCCAAAGACAAUGUGAAGUACCUGUACACCCUUGAGAAGUUCUGUGACCCGCUGUACAACAGCAACCCUGUGUCCAUGGUAGAAGCUAUUCCUGGGCUCAUAAACACAAUACGUAUGAUCCAUAGCAUCUCUCGUUACUACAACACCUCAGAGAGGAUCACUUCCCUUUUUGUCAAGGUUACAAAUCAAAUGAUCACCGCCUGUAAGACCUAUAUCACAAAUAACGGCUCCUCAACCAUAUGGGAUCAGCCGCAGGAAGUGGUAUCUGAGAAGCUUAAAGCUGCCAUUCGCUUGAAUCAGGAAUACCAGAAGUAUUUCCAAAAAACCAAGCAGAAACUGGAGGAGAAUCCCUCGGAGUGCCAGUUUGACUUUAGCGAGAUGUACAUCUUUGGCAAGUUUGACACAUGUCAGCGACGGCUGAACAAAAUUCUAAACAUGUUUAGCACCAUUACCACCUACAAUGCCCUGCAAGACUCCAAAAUUGAGGGACUGGAAACCAUGGCAACCAGAUUUCAGACCAUUGUGUUGACCAUGAAGAAAAAACAGUACAGUUCCCUGGACCAAAGAACGACAGACUUUGAUCAGGACUAUGAUGAAUUUUGUAAACAAACCAGUGAACUUCAUAACCAACUGAAAACUUUCAUGGACAACACCUGUGACAGAAUUCAAAAUACUGAGCGAGCUUUAUAUGUGCUCAAGAAAUUUGAAAGGCUUGGCAUCCCAGACUUGCGCAUCAAUGAGAAGUACCAUAAAAUUCUGCAAAACUUUGGAAGGGACAUUGAGAUGAUCUCUCGAAUGUAUACCAAGCAAAAGACAGAUCCCCCCAUUGCUCCAGAUCUCCCUCCAAUCUCAGGGAAGAUCCUCUGGGCUCGGCAGCUUUACAGCGGCAUACAGGAGCCCAUGGAUCUCUUCCAGCAGAUGCCUGGGCUAUUCAGCACCCCAGAUGCCAAACCCAUCAUUCAAAAUUACAACCGGGUGGCCAAGGUGCUGCUGGAGUUUGAGGUGCUUUAUCAUCAGAGCUGGAUGGCAGAGGCUGAAGCAGUUAAAGUGGGCCUGCAAGCCUCUUUGCUCGUCAAGAGUCCAGAAACUGGGGAGCUGUAUGUGAACUUUGACCCCCAGAUCCUGAUUCAGAUUCGAGAAACAGACUGCAUUCUAGGAAUGGGACUGGAGAUUUCACCCUUUGCAGCCAUCUUGCAGCAGAAAAAAUAUGUUUUAAAAAAGAACUACAAUAAACUACAGUUGAUGGUGAGAGAGAACUCCAGGGUUAGGUCUAAGAUCCAGCCAGCCUUUGAACAACUGCUCAUGCCACAUGUGGCUAAAGUAGAUGAGGCCAUUCUGCCCGGUCUGACCUCCCUCAGUUGGACCUCUCUUAACAUAGAGAAAUACCUUAAUCGAAUCACUACUGCACUUGAGGACCUUGAACUUCUGCUGCAAAGAGUGAAUGACCUGGUGGAGUUUAGAAUUGAUGCUGUUCUCCAGGAAAUGAGCACAACUACGCUGUGUGUGGUGCCUGAAGAUGAGCCAUGCACCUGUGAGGAGUUUGUACAGACCACCAAGGAGCUUUGCAUCAAAGGAGCCCAAAUGCUACAUACUAAAAGCUCAUUGGUGGAGGAGGCAGCCAGUGAACUGAUUAAUAUGUUACUGGAAUUUGAGCAGAAGGAGGAAAAAGAGAGAAACCGGGAUGAGAGCAGGACAGAGAGCAAAGUGGAACAGAUGGGCAAGGAGGAAUAUAAAUCUGAGGGUCGCCUCUUGUCACGUAGCACCAUGGUCCCUAGUGUCGCCUCCUCUUCUCCAAUGAUGAGAAAGAAGAAGAAGAAGGAUCUGAUGAAGGUGAUGGAGGAGGAGACAAAGGAGCUACUGUCUCAUUUUAACCAUCGGAAUGUGGAUGCAUUACUGCGCCUCACCCGUAACACGCUGGAGACUCUGCGCAAACGCAUCCAUGCAACAUCACUAAUGCAUUUCCUGGAAGCAGACUCCUCAAGUCGGCAGAAGGGAAGUGGGCAGCAGCCAAUCUUUAGGGUGGGAGUGUGUUUAGCCAUCCCCAACAUCAUCAUGGUUCCAGGGCUAGAUGAGGUUCAGCAAGCCUUAAACAGAGCUGUGGACUGUGUGGUCAGCGUCAGUAAAGGAGUUGGGCAGUGGAGCAAGGAAAGAAUUUCCAAGAGGAAAAUGAGUGAGCGACGCAUGGCUGCUCUGAAACAGAACAGCCAAGAGAGUGAAUCAGAAGAUGGCGAAUCGACCCAUCGCAGUACCUCAGAUAUAUCGGCAUCUGCAAAUCAGGCCAUUCCUGUCCAAAUUAAGAACUAUCACAAAAGCAUCUCUGAGAACAAAGAGAUUGUCAAGCUGGUCUCUGUGCUUAGUACGUCCAUCAAUUCCACCAAGAAGGAAAUAAUGAACGCUCUGGAUCCCUUCAGCCUUUAUCACCACAUCUGGAAGAAAGAUCGAGAGGAAACCAUCCAGAAAUUCAUCCAAGGGAACCCUCUUCUUUCUGAAUUUGAGUCACAGAUUCUGUACUACAGGGAUCUGGAGCUAGAAAUUAAUACAGAGCCUGAGUUUAUCUCAGUAGGAGCUCUGGCAUUAUAUACAGCGGAUCUGAAAUUGUCUCUUACUGCUGAGACAAAGAGUUGGAUGGUGGAUUUUGGUCACCACUGCAACAGGAAGUAUCGCAUGGAGAUGGAACAGAUCUUCACUUUUAUAGAUGAGGCGAGCAAGAAACUCAACAGGACGAUUAAGGACUUGGAUGAUAUUCGUAUCGCCAUGGCAACGCUUAAAGAGAUCAGAGAACACCAGAUCUCCAUAGACUUUCAAGUUGGUCCAAUUGAGGAAUCGUACAGCAUGCUACAUAAAUAUGGAUUGUUGAUUGCCAAAGAGGAAGCAGACAAAGUGGACACACUUCGGUACACUUGGGAGAAACUGCUUUCCCGUAGCACAGAGGUGCAGAAUGAACUGGUGACCCUUCAAACAAACUUCAGGGGAGAACUCAUCAAAAAUGUUGAGAUCUUUGUAGAGGACUGCCAACACUUCUACCACGACUAUGACAAGGAUGGUCCCAUGGUGGUUGGAUUGACUCCCCAGGAUGCCAGUGACAGGCUUAUUAUGUUUCAGAAUCGCUUUGACAACCUAUUCCGCAAGUACAUCACAUACACGGGUGGGGAGGAGCUCUUUGGCCUACCCGUUACCCAGCAUCCUCAGUUGCUUGAGAUCAGGAAACAGUUGACACUUCUCCAAAAGCUCUAUGGACUUUACAACAGUGUCAUCGACACAGUCAACGGCUACUAUGACAUCUCAUGGGCUGACAUCAAUAUUGACAGAAUCAACAAUGAACUACUUGAGUUUCAGUCGAGGUGCCGUAAGCUGCCACGGGCCCUUAAAGAGUGGCAGGCAUUUCUGGACCUCAAAACAACUAUUGACGACUUUAGCGAGUGCUGCCCCCUGUUGGAUCUAAUGACUAACAAAGCCAUGAUGACACGGCACUGGAAGAGGAUUACUGAGGUUACAGUUCACACAUUUGAGGUCGAAACUGAUAACUUCAAGCUCCGCAACAUCAUGGAAGCCCCACUGCUAAAGUACAAAGAAGAAAUUGAGGACAUCUGUAUUAGUGCUGUGAAGGAGCGUGACAUCGAGCAGAAACUCAAGCAAGUAAUUGCGGAAUGGGACAACAAGACUUUUACUUUUGCUCACUUUAAAACCAGAGGUGAGCUCCUUCUGAGAGGCGACAGCACAUCGGAGAUCAUUACUAACAUGGAGGAUAGCCUGAUGGUGCUUGGCUCACUUAUGAGCAACAGAUACAACACACCGUUCAAAGCUCAGAUCCAGAAGUGGGUUCAGAACCUCUCCAACACAACAGGUAUCAUUGAGAAUUGGAUGACUGUGCAGAACCUCUGGAUUUACCUUGAGGCUGUUUUUGUUGGUGGAGACAUAGUCAAACAGCUGCCGAAGGAGGCAAAGCGGUUCUCCAACAUUGAUAAAUCCUGGGUGAAAAUAAUGACUCGAGCUCAUGAGAUGCCUAAUGUAGUCCAGUCGUGUGUUGGAGAUGAGACUAUGGGUCAGCUGCUGCCUCACUUGCUGGAACAGCUAGAGAUGUGUCAAAAAUCCCUCACAGGGUACCUGGAGAAGAAGCGAUUGCUCUUUCCACAUUUCUUCUUUGUGUCAGAUCCCGCCCUGCUGGAGAUUUUGGGCCAAGCAUCUGACUCCCACACCAUCCAGGCUCACCUACUCAACAUAUUUGACAACAUCAAAUGUGUCCGCUUCCAUGAAAAGAUGUAUGAUAAGAUUCUGGCGAUAUCAUCACGAGAAAGUGAGACAGUUGAGCUGGACAGGCCCGUCAUGGCAGAGGGCAAUGUGGAGAUCUGGCUUAAUGCGCUACUGAAAGAAUCCCAGAGGUCUUUGCACCUUGUCAUCCAUCAGGCUGCACUUGCCAUUCAAGAAUCUGGCUUUGAGUUGAUCGAAUUUUUGGACUCCUUUCCUGCACAGGUUGGUUUACUGGGAAUCCAGAUGAUCUGGAUGAAGGAUGAGGAUGCUUUGAGCAAUGCCAGAUAUGACCGUAAAAUCAUGGCUAAAACCAUCCAUUUUUUUCUUGAGCUCCUCAACAAUUUGAUUGACAUGACAACAAAGGACCUUGGAGCUGUUGAACGAACAAAGUAUGAAACACUAAUCACCAUUCAUGUACACCAGAGGGACAUCUUUGACGAUUUGUGUCGUUUGCACAUCAAAAGUCCCACAGACUUUGAAUGGCUGAAGCAAUGUCGCUUUUACUUUAAUGAAGACUCGGAUAAGAUGAUGAUCAAUAUCACUGAUGUGGGUUUCGCGUACCAGAAUGAGUUUCUAGGCUGUACUGACAGGCUGGUCAUCACUCCUCUCACUGACAGAUGCUACAUCACUUUAGCUCAAGCUCUGGGAAUGAGCAUGGGUGGAGCCCCAACUGGGCCGGCUGGAACAGGAAAGACAGAAACCACUAAGGACAUGGGCCGCUGCCUGGGCAAAUAUGUGGUGGUAUUCAACUGCUCCGAUCAGAUGGACUUCAGAGGCUUGGGCAGAAUUUUUAAAGGUCUUGCUCAGUCUGGCUCCUGGGGUUGUUUUGAUGAGUUUAACCGUAUCGACCUGCCAGUGCUUUCAGUAGCAGCUCAGCAAAUCGCCAUUGUACUCAUCUGUAAGAAAAAAUGGAGGAAGAACUUCAUCUUUACGGUUGGAGAUAACGUGGAGAUGAACCCAGAAUUUGGCAUCUUCCUCACCAUGGAACUUCCCGAGAAUCUGAAAAUUAGCUUCCGCUCAGUGGCGAUGAUGGUUCCUGACAGGCAGAUAAUUAUCAGAGUGAAACUGGCAAGCUGUGGCUUUAUUGACAAUAUUGAACUAGCCAGGAAAUUCUUCACUCUAUACAAACUGUGCGAGGAGCAGCUCUCUAAACAGGUCCACUAUGACUUUGGUCUCCGCAAUAACCUGUCCAUCCUGCGCACGCUUGGAGCAGCAAAACGGGCCAAUCCUAAUGACACAGAGUCCACUAUUGUCAUGAGAGUUCUGCGAGACAUGAACCUGUCCAAACUGAUUGAUGAGGAUGAGCCAUUGUUCCUGAGUUUGAUGGAGGAUCUUUUUCCUGGAAUUAAGUUGGAUAAAGCUGGAUACCCUGAUUUGGAGUCAGCCAUAGACAAACAGGUGACUGAGGCUGGUCUGAUCAAUCACCCACCAUGGAGGUUAAAGGUCAUUCAACUAUAUGAGACUCAAAGAGUCCGUCAUCGGAUGAUGGCACUAGGACCCAGCGGAGCAGGAAAAACAGCCUGCAUUCAUACUCUAAUGAAGGCCAUGACCGAUUGCGGCCAGCCUCACAGAGAGAUGCGUAUGAACCCUAAAGCUAUAACUGCACCUCAAAUGUUUGGGCGACUUGAUGUGGCAACCAAUGACUGGACUGAUGGAAUCUUUUCCACUCUUUGGAGGAAAACACUCAGAGCAAAGAAAGGGGAACACAUAUGGAUUGUCCUUGAUGGGCCAGUUGAUGCUAUAUGAAUUGAAAACCUAAACUCAGUCCUGGAUGAUAACCGCACACUGACAUUGGCCAAUGGUGACCGCAUUCCCAUGGCCCCCAAUUGCAAGAUUGUGUUUGAGCCACACAACAUCGAUAAUGCCUCCCCAGCCACAGUGUCCUGUAAUGGGAUGGUGUUUAUGAGCUCUUCUGUCCUUAACUGGAGCCCUAUUUUGGAGGGCUGGCUGAAGAAUCGUUCCCCUCAGGAAGGGGUGUUCCUGAGGGAGCUCUUCUCCUCAUCUUUUCCUGAGCUCUAUCGGUUCAGCAUCCAAUCUUUGCAGCAUAAAAUGGACAUGCUGGAGGCCUUCAUCAUCAUGCAGUGCAUAAACAUGCUGCAAGGACUCAUUCAGCCCAAGGAGCAGGGAGGGGAGCUGUCUCGUGAGCACAUGGAGCGUCUGUAUGUCUUCGCUCUGAUGUGGAGUGUGGGAGCCCUAUUGGAACUGGAUGAUCGAAUGAAGUUAGAGAGAUGGCUCCGUCACCAUGACAACGUUGGCCUGGACCUUCCCAAUAUCCCUCCCCACAGCGAGGACACUAUGUUCGACUUUUACGUCACUAAUGAUGGCCAGUGGGUUCACUGGAAUACCAGAGUGGAAGAGUAUAUUUACCCACCUGACUCCACACCGGAGUAUGGAUCCAUACUGGUGCCCAAUGUAGACAAUGUUCGUACUGACUUUCUCAUCCAGACCAUUGCAAAGCAGGGCAAGGCUGUGCUUUUGAUAGGAGAGCAGGGCACUGCCAAAACCGUCAUCAUCAAAGGCUACAUGUCCAAAUAUGACCCAGAGUCCCACACUGCCAAGAGUCUCAACUUCUCUUCUGCCACCACACCUCUUAUGUUUCAGCGUUCUGUGGAGAGUUAUGUAGAUAAACGAAUGGGAACCACUUACGGCCCUCCAGCAGGGAAGAAAAUGUCCAUCUUUAUUGACGACGUCAAUAUGCCUGUGAUCAAUGAGUGGGGUGACCAGGUAAGCAAUGAGAUAGUUCGGCAGCUGAUGGAGCAAAAUGGCUUCUUUAACCUGGAGAAACCAGGAGAGUUCACCAACAUUGUGGAUAUCCAAUUCUUGGCGGCUAUGAUCCAUCCUGGAGGGGGACGAAAUGACAUCCCCCAGAGACUGAAGAGACAGUUUUCUAUUUUCAACUGUACUCUUCCUUCCAAUGCCUCCAUAGACAAGAUCUUUGGCGUGAUAGGCUCCGGUCAUUACUGUUCCCAUCUGGGAUUUUCAGAAGUACGCAACACAGUGGUCAGGCUUGUUCCACUGACCCGAAGACUCUGGCAAUUGACAAAAGUUAAAAUGCUGCCCACUCCCGCCAACUUCCACUACAUUUUUAACCUGCGUGACCUCUCCCGCAUCUGGCAGGGAAUGCUCAGCAUGACUGCAGAGGUCAUCAGCUCGUCAGAUGUAUUACUGCGGCUGUGGAAGCAUGAAUGCAAACGUGUGAUUGCUGACCGGUUUACUGCCCCAGAGGAUGUGGCCUGGUUUGACUACACGCUGGCCAAGCUAGUGGAAGAAGAGCUUGGAGAAGAAGAACGAAUGGUGGUGGAUCUUGGGGUGGAUUCCUACUUUGUGGACUUUCUCAGAGAUGCACCUGAGGCCACAGGUGAAGAGCCAGAGGAAACUGAUUUCGACAUGCCAAAAGUAUAUGAGCCCAUCAAAUCCUUUGAUAGUCUAAUGGAGAGGCUGAACAUGUUUUUGAGUCAUUAUAACGAGAGCAUCAGAGGAGCAGGCAUGGAUAUGGUCUUCUUCAGGGAUGCCAUGAUUCAUCUGGUUAAGAUUUCUCGGAUCAUCAGAACCCCUCGGGGAAAUGCCCUACUGGUCGUUGUAGGGGGAUCUGGAAAACAGAGUCUGACAAGACUAGCAUCUUUCAUCGCUGGCUACAAGACUUUCCAGAUUACACUCACCCGUUCCUACAACACCCUCAACCUGAUGGAGGACCUGAAGGGAUUGUACAGGACUGCCGGACAACAGGGCAAAGGCAUCAGCUUUAUUUUCACUGACAACGAGAUCAAGGAUGAAUCCUUCCUGGAGUACAUGAACAACGUCCUUUCAUCAGGAGAGGUGUUCAAUCUGUUUGCUCGAGAUGAGAUCGACGAGAUUAUCAGUGACCUCAUUCCAGUCAUGAAGCGAGAGUUUCCACGGCGACUGCCCACAAAUGAAAACCUACAUGAGUAUUUUAUGAGCAGAGUGAGGCAGAACAUUCACGUGGUUCUGUGCUUCUCUCCAGUCGGCGAGAGGUUCCGUAAUCGAGCUUUGAAGUUUCCUGCUCUCAUUUCAGGGUGCACCAUGGACUGGUUUAGCCGCUGGCCCAAAGAUGCUCUGAUCGCAGUGUCAGAGCACUUCCUGUCCAUGUAUGACAUAGACUGCACUCCUGAGGUCAAGGGGGAAGUGGUUCAGUGCAUGGGCUCUUUUCAGGAUGGGGUGGCAGAAAAAUGUGCAGAUUAUUGUCAGCGGUACCGACGUUCCACACAUGUCACACCCAAAUCCUACCUGUCCUUCAUCGAUGACUACAAGACCAUCUACAAAGAAAAGCACUCAGAGGUUCAGACUCUCGCUGACAGGAUGAACACUGGCCUUCAGAAACUCAAGGAGGCCUCUGAGUCUGUUGCUACCCUCAGCAAAGAACUGGAGGUGAAGGAGAAAGAACUUCAAAUAGCCAAUGAGAAGGCUGAUAUGGUGUUGAAGGAAGUGACUGUGAAGGCUCAGGCUGCUGAAAAGGUCAAAGUCGAAGUUCAGAAGGUCUAAGAUAAAGCGCAGGCCAUAGUGGACAGUAUCUCUGCAGACAAGGCCAUCGCUGAAGAGAAGUUAGAGGCAGCAAGGCCUGCUGAAGAGGCUGAGGCAGUACUGCAGACCAUAAAGCCAUCAGAUAUUGCCACGGUGCGAACACUGGGCAGACCACCCCACCUCAUCAUGCGUAUUAUGGACUGUGUGUCAUUGCUCUUCCAGAGGAGAGUGAACACGGUGAAAAUUGAUCCUGAGAAAAACUGCACCAUGCCCUCCUGGCAAGAGUCACUCAAACUCAUGACUGCUGGCAACUUCCUGGGCAGUCUACAGCAAUUCCCCAAAGACACCAUCAAUGAGGAGGUGGUGGAACUCCUCUCUCCAUACUUUGACAUGGCAGACUAUAACAUAGAAACAGCCAAGAGGGUGUGCGGCAAUGUUGCAGGGCUUUGCUCCUGGACCAAAGCAAUGGCUGCCUUCUUCUCUAUCAAUAAAGAAGUGCUUCCUUUGAAGGCUAAUCUGGCAGUGCAGGAGAACAGGCUGGCCAUAGCUAAUGUGGACCUCCAGAAAGCCCAGGCAGGGCUAGAUGCUAAGCCAGCAGAGCUGGAUGUAGUUCAAGCUGAGUAUGAGAAGGCCAUGUUGGAAAAACAGGUAAACAACUGUGACGUGUUUCUGGCUACAGCCUUCCUGUCCUACUCUGGACCUUUUAAUCAAGAGUUUCGCAACCUCCUUCUCACUGAUUGGCAGAGAGAAAUGAAGUCCCGUCGGAUUCCUUUUAGGACCAAUCUGAAUCUCACUGAAAUGUUAAUUGACGCUCCCACAGUAAGUGAAUGGAACCUACAGGGGCUUCCCAGUGAUGACCUGUCCAUCCAGAAUGGGAUUAUUGUUACAAAGGCUGCCAGGUUUCCCCUGCUGAUUGACCCCCAGACCCAGGGAAAGAUCUGGAUCAAGAACAAAGAGUCCAAGAAUGAGCUUCAGAUCACCUCACUGAAUCACAAAUACUUCAGAAACCAUCUAGAGGACAGUUUGUCUCUUGGGCGUCCCCUACUCAUUGAAGAUGUUGGGAAAGAACUGGAUCCUGCCCUGGACAAUGUCCUGGAGAAGAACUUCAUCAAGACUGGGUUCACAUAUAAGGUGAAAGUAGGUGAUAAAGAAGUGGAUGUAAUGAAGGGUUUCCGUCUCUAUGUGACCACCAAGCUGUCCAACCCAGCAUACACUCCUGAGAUCAGCGCACGGACAUCCAUUAUCGACUUCACCGUUACUAUGAGGGGCCUGGAAGAUCAGCUACUGGGAAGAGUUAUUCUCACUGAGAAACAGGAACUGGAGAAGGAGCGGAUUGACCUGCUGGAGGAUGUGAUGGCCAAUAAACGUAAAAUGAAGGAACUGGAGGAUAAUUUACUUUUUAGGCUGACUAGCACGCAGGGCUCCCUGGUGGAUGACGAGAGCCUCAUCACAGUGCUGGUCACACAGAAACUCCAGAUCGCUGCUGAGACUGAGAUCCAGAUCAAUGCGGCCCGUGAGGAAUAUAGACCCGUUGCUACAAGAGGAAGCAUUUUAUACUUUCUGAUCACGGAGAUGAGCAUGGUGAACGUGAUGUAUCAGACCUCUCUACGCCAGUUCCUGGGCUUGUUCGACUUGUCCUUGGCCAAGUCCUCAAAGAGUCCAAUUACAAGUAAGCGGAUCACCAACAUCAUCGAGUACAUGACUUACGCAGCUCGGGGUUUGUACGAAGAACACAAAUUCCUGUUCACCCUGCUGCUCACUCUCAAGAUCGACAUGCAAAGCAACAGGGUCAAACACGAGGAGUUUCUGACCCUCAUUAAAGGAGGUGCUUCGUUGGACCUGAAGGCCUGUCCACCCAAAGCUGCAAAGUGGAUCCUGGACAUAACAUGGCUUAACCUGGUGGAGCUGAGCAAGCUGUGGCAGUUCUCUCACAUUCUAGAUCAGAUUGCGCGUCAUGAGAAACAGUGGAAGAGCUGGUUUGAUCGAGAAGCACCAGGAGAAGAACCAAUCCCAAAUGCAUAUGACCAGGCUUUGGACUGUUUCAGACGACUGCUUCUUAUUCGAUCCUGGUGUCCAGAUAGAACCAUUGCUCAGGCACGAAAGUACAUAAUGCACUCAAUGGGGGAGAGAUACGCUGAGGGAGUGAUUCUGGACCUGGAGAAGACCUGGGAGGAGUCGGACCCUCGCACUCCUCUCAUCUGCUUCCUGUCCAUGGGUUCAGACCCAACAGACCCAAUCAUAGCCCUGGGUAAACGACAGAGAAUUGAAACUCGUUACGUCUCAAUGGGACAAGGGCAGGAAGUUCAUGCACGCAAACUUCUGCAGCACUCCAUGGCUAAUGGAGGCUGGGCUUUACUUCAAAACUGUCAUUUGGGUCUGCAUUUUAUGGAUGAACUCAUGGAUACAAUCACAGAGACGGACAGCGUUCAUGACACCUUCAGACUGUGGAUGACCACUGAGGUCCACAGACACUUUCCUAUCACUCUCCUGCAAAUGUCAAUCAAAUUUACCAACGAGCCUCCUCAGGGACUGAAAGCUGGACUUAAGAGGACUUAUGGAGGUAUCAGUCAGGAUUUUCUUGAUGUGAGUAACAUGGUCCAGUGGAGGCCCAUGUUGUACGGUGUGACAUUCCUCCAUUCCACUGUCCAAGAGAGGCGAAAAUUUGGACCUUUAGGUUGGAACAUUCCAUAUGAGUUCAACCAGGCUGACUUCAAUGCAACGAUACAGUUUGUCCAGAAUCACCUGGAUGAUAUAGACACCAAGAAGGGUGUGUCCUGGAACACCGUACGAUACAUGAUCAGCGAGAUCCAGUAUGGUGGUAGGGUGACUGAUGACUAUGACAAGCGCCUCUUGAACACCUUUGCAAAGGUGUGGUUCAAUGAGAACAUGUUCAGCCCUGAUUUCAACUUCUACAAAGGCUACAGUAUUCCCAGAUGCAAUAGCGUGGACCAGUACCUCCGAUAUGUGCAGGCCUCCUGGGCUUCCACCAUGUUGGGGUUUUGGUUCACAGAGUUACUGGAGCGGAACCGGCAGUUCCACUCUUGGAUUUUUGAGGGACGACCCAACUGCUUUUGGAUGACAGGCUUCUUCAACCCACAGGGGUUCCUGACAGCUAUGAGACAGGAGAUCACUCGUGCUAACAAGGGGUGGGCGUUGGACCGUAUGGUUCUGUGUAAUGAAGUUACAAAAUGGAUGAAGGAUGACAUCAAGCAGCCUCCUGAAGAGGGGGUAUAUGUUUAUGGCCUCUACCUGGAAGGGGCCGGCUGGGACCACAGGAACUGCAAGCUCAUUGAUUCAAAACCCAAAGUACUGUUCGAGAUGAUGCCUGUGGUCAGGAUGUAUGCAGAGAACAAUGGUGUCAAAGAUCCUCGCUUGUACUCAUGUCCAAUAUAUAAAAAGCCUGUUGGAACAGACCUGAACUACAUUGCAGCUGUUAACCUGAGAACCAGUCACCCUCCAGAAUACUGGAUCCUGAGAGGAGUGGCCCUCCUGUGUGAUGUCAAAUAAUCGCCUUAUAAAAUGAUCGUGUACAAAUGUAGACAUUGUCUUUCUGAUCUUUUUCUGUAUUUUAACUGAUGUUUACCCUGAACAUUUGAAUAAAUAAACAUGC